GUCGCACGCUUGCUUUCUAUUUGAUUUCUCGUCUUAUUUUUUUCCAACGAUUUUUGUUAACAAUUUACCGUGCAUUUUCUUGUGUGUGUAAAAGUGAACGCGCUUGAAGAAAACAAUCUGUGUGAGCAAAGUGAAAUUCCUCGAAUUGCAACGAAAAUGCUGACAAACAACGAAUCAUCAAGGUGAAACUGCGCGCCCCACAGCUGGCAUUGACUCUUCACUCUCCUAUCUUCGUGUAUAUCGGCUCUCUCUCUGCUGAUAUUAACCCAAGUUCCCGCCCCCCUCGAAUACAUCCUUAUUUUGGAUUAUAAACAACAUUUGAUUUUGGAACGAGGCAGGAGGAAAUUUUUUGGCGGCGAUUUUACAAAAUACAAAAUACUAAACAUACAGCAACAGUAACAACAACAACAAGAGGAACGGCGCUAGAUGGAGCACGCACACACACAGAGUAGGCGAACGUAAAUACGUUGGAAACAAACGCACACAGAUACAGUAACGUAUUGUGAAUAGUACUGUGUGUGUGUAUAGUCAUCUCACUUUAACAGCCACGGCAAGGCAGCGCAUUGGCUGACAGAGCGAGACGGCUAGACGCGCGCCUGGUGUUCGCUUUUCCUUCUUGUAUUUUUUUGUAUUUUUUUUUCGUGUUGAUGUACGUGUGCGAGAGUGCCAAAUGUCAUCGGAAAUUACAACACUGCGAGACGUUUAGAAGGCAGCAGCAGCAGCACCAGCAGCAGCAACAACAACUGGAAACGGGCUGUGGAAGAGGAAGAGCAGCCAAAGCUGAACAAGAAGAAGAAGAAGCUGCAGCAGCAGCAAAAACAUAAACAAAAACACACAAACAGAAAUUAUAACAAUGUUGCCAGCAAAAGGUAGCAGUAUCAACCAGACCACUACCAACACCAAUAGAUGCCUCAUCAAGUCGGCCAUUGAACGAACGGUGGUGCGUUUAAAGGAAACGGCAAAUAACAGCGCGGAGCAGGAUGUGACCCAGGUGGAAUACGAUAUUAUUAACUACUAUGCGGAUACCGCCACGCCCCGCAUUGCCACCGUUAGUCCCCACCAUCAUCAUCACCAGCAGCAGCCAUUGUCAUCAUUGUCGUCGUCCUCCUCCGCCCGUAGCAGUAGCAAUCACAACAACGGUGAAUGCCAUCCAGCAUUGGAUGCCAGCAGUGUUGUUGUCGUUGCACCGGCGAGAAAAAUUAUGCCGCCUGGAAGCAUGGAAAUGGAUGUGGAUGCGACGGAACCACCAGCGAGGCCUUUCAACCAAAAGAAUCGGGAACGGGAGCAACUACAGCCGGAACAACAAUCACAGCUGGCGACCCGGUCUCGGGGCGGUGGUGGCGCCGUACAAUCCCGUUUCCGUCGUCAUCCGCGAUCACAUCAUAAUGACUGCAGCACCAGUUCCAAUUCCAAUUCAAAUUCACCAAACAGCAGCGCUUCCAGUGCUUCCAAUCCCUCGCCCUGCUCCACACUGGGCGUGAAUAUGCGCGUAACGGGACAGUGCAGCCAAGGAGGAAGGAAGUACAUGGAGGAUCAAUUCUCCGUUGCCUAUCAGGAAUCACCGCUAACCCAUGAGCUGGAAUAUGCGUUCUUUGGCAUUUACGAUGGCCACGGCGGCCCGGAGGCAGCGCUAUUCGCCAAGGAGCACCUAAUGCUGGAGAUUGUCAAGCAAAAGCUGUUCUGGUCGGAUAAUGAUGAGGAUGUGCUGCGAGCCAUAAGGGAAGGAUAUAUUGCCACGCAUUUCGCCAUGUGGCGAGAACAAGAAAAAUGGCCUCGCACUGCCAAUGGACACCUGAGCACCGCUGGAACCACUGCCACCGUGGCUUUUAUGCGUCGGGAGAAGAUCUAUAUAGGCCAUGUCGGUGACUCUGGCAUCGUGCUGGGCUACCAGAACAAAGGGGAACGCAACUGGCGUGCUCGUCAAUUAACCACGGAUCAUAAACCGGAAUCGUUGGCGGAAAAGAUGCGCAUUCAGCGAUCCGGUGGCAAUGUGGCCAUUAAAUCUGGUGUGCCUCGUGUCGUAUGGAAUCGACCCAGAGAUCCCAUGCAUCGUGGACCGAUCCGUCGCCGCACCGUUGUCGACGAUAUACCCUUUUUGGCGGUAGCCCGAUCUUUGGGUGAUCUCUGGAGCUACAAUUCUCGAUGCAAGGAGUUUGUCGUCAGUCCCGAUCCCGAUGUUAAGGUGGUCAAAAUAGAUCCUAGUACAUUCAGAUGCCUCAUCUUCGGCACCGAUGGCCUGUGGAAUGUGGUAACCGCCCAGGAAGCGGUGGACAGUGUACGCAAAGAGCAUCUAAUUGGCGAGAUACUCAACGAACAGGACGUAAUGAAUCCCAGCAAGGCGCUGGUCGAUCAGGCCCUCAAGACCUGGGCCUCCAAGAAGAUGCGGGCGGACAAUACGUCCGUGGUAACUGUGAUAUUAACACCGGCAGCCUCUCACCAUUCGCACAACUCUCACAUAGCAGCCGUCACUGCCCAGGCUCAAUCUGCACUCGCCCGUGAUCCCGAUAUGGAUGUGGAGCUACUGCUCGAGGUGGAAGACAAUGAGGAUGAUGAGGGGGAUGAUGAUGCACCGGUGGAUAUCGAAAAUGAUUGUCCGCAGGACUUUCUCAUCGAGGAAGAGGAAUAUGUCCUCGAUACGCCGUACAGUGCCUUGGCCAAGCGUCAUUUGCCACCAGAGGCCUAUCGUGAUUUUGAUUACUUUGCCAUGGACGAGGAUACGCCCGAUGAGGAUGAGGAUGAACCCGAGGAAGACGAAGAGGAAGUGCAGCAACACAAACAGACCACUGUUGAGAAUGAUAAACAUCAACAGAGCUUGUUUAAUUCGCGAAAGACAUGGCGCAAAUCGACGUGGAAUGGUGAAACCGAAUUAGAACCUGAUCCUGAACCCGAUGAGCAUCGUCCUGCAUUGGACAUGUGCGCCAUAUAUGCCAACUCCAUUGCACCAGCGCCGACAGCAGUUGCAGUAGCAGCAGUAGCAGCAGCAGCAACAAAUCCAGCUGCGAAUAGCGAAUUGGAACAGCAUUUGGAGAGUAGCUAUAGCUUUGCCGAGUCCUAUAAUACCCUGCUAAACGAACAAGAAGAGCAAGAGGCACGUUCCCGUUCAGCAGCGGCGGCAGCAGAGGCGGCAGCUGCAGCAGGAGCCACAUCAUCCAACCAAUCCUCUGUACAUUCCCCCUCCGUUGUGGUGGAUCGCAGUAUGCAGGAGAUAAUUCAAGAGCAGCAGCACUAUCAACAACAGGAGGGUUACUCCCUGACGCAACUGGAAACAAGACGCGAACAGAUGCAGCAAGAGAGAGAACAGGAACCACAACAGGUCAGCGCAGGAGUGGCGGAGGCAUGGCAACAGCCCGCAGAGCUGCUUGAACUGGAUGCUUUGCUGCAGCAGGAGCGAGCCGAAGAGGAGCAGGUGGCCCUGGAGCAGCAACAGCAACAGCAGCAACAGCAGCAGCAGCAACAUCACCGCGAACAGCUACAAAUGGAGGUGGCCAGCAGCAGUUCAGGUCAACAAGAGUUUAGUUUCCCAACUACCAAUUGGAGUACCACGCUGCCCAAACAACACCAUGUCGAUGAAGAUAUCAAUGACAGCGAAAUGGCCAUAGCGAUGGAAAUGGAUAUGGAUCAAGAGCUGCAGGAUAAUGAAGUAAGUUCCACAUUGCCGGCAACACCAACCCGGCAAAUGGAACAAAUGACUGCAACAGCCUUGCCACAAAAUAAAGAAGAUCAAACAGAGAUCAAGGAAGAGGCAUCCCAGAAAAAACGCAAACUAGAGAAGCCAAAUCAGGAAAAAGAAAUGGAACAAGGUCUUGCUGCUGUCCUCGAAACGGUGGCUGAAAUACGCAAAGAAGAUGCCCAUGCCGUCCACUAUAUCUUUGAGCAGAUCCAAAAGCUGCAAGAGGCUGAAAUCUCACCGGCGGUGGCCAAUCCCGGUGUGGAGGAAGCCCUUGAGCUAGCCAGUACUCUGGCCACUAGUGAGCCGCGAAUGCGUCAAAUGCGACGAUAUCGCAAUGUGCCCAAUGAGAAUCAUCAGCACAUGCAAACGCGGCGACGUCAGAUCUUUAAGCAUGGCAAACCCAAGUCCUUUAUCAAUGCCAGUGCAGCCGCAAUUGUGGCUUAUAACGAUACCAGCAGCAGUGGAGUUGGAGGAGCUAGUGGUUCGGGCGGCAAUACCAUAGAUCGUGUGGGAGGCGGAGGCGUAGGUUCAGCCAGCGGCAGCAAUUCAUCAGCGGUUGCGGUGACGCCUGUCAAUCGCCGGCGUACCGUCAAUGUGGUGGCAGCGGCUGCCACUUCGAGUGGGAAUAGCGGUGGCAUGACAACACGACGCAGUCACAAUCACAGCCUGAGCGCCAGCGGAAGUGUUAGCAAGCGUCAACUGCGCAGCAGCCUCUGCAAUCUGGGUCUGGGCUUGGGACUAAGCCAUGACAUUACCAAGCGAACGUUGAGGACUAGAAAUGUGCCCGGUACACCGCCAGCGGUUGUUGUUAAUCCUUCGCCAACAAAUGGAGCCAAUGGCACACAGAUAGCCCCCAGCACACAGCGUGUUGUUACCUCAAAUCCGGACAGCAAUAGCAACAGCAGCAGGGGCAGCAGCAGCAAUAACAAUAGUUCAAGUGCCAGCAGACGCCUGAAACGUGGUCACAAUGAUCGGGAGCAGAGACGUAGCCUGCGAAGGAGCACCCUAAGUGCCAGUUCCAUUGGUGGUGGUGUGGCAGCCCAAUCGAAGCCAACUCGUCUGCAGGCCUGCAAUGGAGCCAUCUCAGCCAGGCCACCGCCGUCGCCCAAAAAGCUAAAUACAUCAGUGCCCACGUUGGCCAUUGGAACAAGAGCUUAUACGGCAGCAUUGGCAGCGGCAGCGGAUCAUUUGAACAAGCGAUGGUCCCUACGGAGCAGUAGCAGUGGCACUGGAAGUAUGAUGACGGCCAUUAGUUGUUAUAGUGCCCGCAGCCGAGCAGCAGCAGCAGCAGCGGCGGCAGCAGCAGCAGCAGCCGCUGGAGCAGGAGCAGGAGCAACAGCUGUAGCAGGCAUGGGCACCGGAUUCAUAGGAAGCGGAGCAGCAACAGGAUCAGCUAUUAACGGACCGGGUGGAGCCUCACGGCGGCGUUGAGAAAUCCCAAAAUAAAAUUAAAAUAACAAAAUGAGCGAGCAACUUGCAAGUACAAAUCCUAAGCAACGGAAAACCUAAACAAAAAAAAAAACAACAACAACAAAUCGAAGAAAAAA